CUACUGACUACUUAAAAUAGGUACCUACUGGGCCAUAUACAUCGAAAACAUUGUUAUCAAAACUGUGAAUUUUUAUAAAGUUUUAGAUUAACUACACAAUGGCGUUUUAUGAGGAUAUCAUAGAAACCGAAGAUUGAGAUGUCGUUGAUAAAGGAAUCAUUCUGUGCGUUGGUGUUCCUCUCUUUAGUAUAUGAGUCCACAAGCAUACGUUGUUACGACUGCAAUAGCGCAAACAAUUCCGCCUGUCUCGACGUUAAGAAGUACGAGAGCGGGGAACAUCCCUACAUCGUGCCAAUCAUCGACUGCGAGAUGUCCAUCCCUAAUUCCAACCAGAUGCAGUUCUUCUGCAGGAAAAUUGUGCAAACCAUCUUCCAUUCCCACCGUGACUCCGAAGUCCGUGUGACCCGUAGCUGCGGCUGGAGGCUUCACGAGAAGGACUGCUAUAAGGACGACAAUAGCGACCAUCUUGGAACCGUCUGCCAAUGCUUCCAUGACAUGUGCAAUAGUAGCGAAGCUGUUGAUCCUACUGGCAUAUCUGUUCUGUUCUUGUGCCUUUCUGCCAUUUUGUAUUUCUGGCGCUAAUAAAUAGUUUUUAAUA